AUGGCGCUGGGAAUAAAAGUUAUUAAGGACAAGAGAGUUGAGAAUGUCAUGUUGAGUGUUGAUCGAGCUGACUAUUGCUUAAAAGAACCAUAUGAAGAUUCUCCGCGAGAAAUUGGAUACAAUGCCACCAUUAGUGCUCCUCAUAUUCAUGCUUUGGUGCUGGAACUACUGAAGGAUCAUUUGAAUGAUGGUGAUGUGGCAUUAGAUGUUGGUUCUGGUUCAGGGUAUUUAACAACUUGCAUGGCACUUAUGGUUGGUCAAAAAGGUAGAGUAGUUGGCAUUGAUCACAUUGGAGAACUCGUAGAUUUGUCAAAAAAUAACAUAAGUAAACAUCAUGGCUGUCUUCUGACAAGUGGCAGAAUAACAUUAGUUGCUGGGGAUGGUCGGAAUGGAUACAGGCAAGGUGCUCCAUACAAGGCUAUUCACGUUGGUGCAUUUGCGACAGAACUCCCUGAUGAGCUAGUAGAUCAACUUGCAUUGGGCGGACGUAUGAUAAUUCCAAUGGGUGACCUUCUUGAAGAUCAGCAUCUUAUUCAAGUGGACAAAAGUUUGACCGGUAAUAUCAAAGUUAAAAAAUUAUUUGGAGUUAUUUUUGUACCUCUCACUGAUAAACAAGAUCAAUUAAAACGUUUCGAAUUACCGACGGACAUUGAAUUGUUACUGUUCAGCUACGUUGUUGUCACAAUAAAUAUGGCGUGGCGUUCACAUGGGAGUUCUAACGUCUCGCUAGUGGAGAAUUUAACGAACAAUGGCUUGAUAGAAGAUGAACGAGUAAGGAUGACUAUGUUGAGAGUUGACCGAGCGGAUUUCUGCACGAGGAAUCCAUAUAUGGAUAGUCCAGAACCAAUCGGUUGUAAUGCGACAAUCAGUGCUCCACAUAUGCAUGCAGCUGCACUGGAACGACUAAAAAAUCACUUGAAGGAGGGUGAUAAAGCCCUUGACAUUGGUUCUGGUUCUGGUUAUCUUACUACAUGCAUGGCAUAUAUGGUGAUAGUUGGAGUUACUGGUAAAGUUGUUGGAGUAGAACACAUCAAACAGCUAGUAGAUCUGUCAAUUAACAACAUCAAGAAAAACCACGGCGAUCUGCUGGAUGGAAGAGUGGUAUUAGUUGAGAGUGAUGGACGCAAUGGUUUUCCACAAUAUGCUCCUUACAAAGCAAUUCAUGUUGGCGCUGCUGCACCAAAUGUUCCAGAUGAGCUAGUGAAUCAGUUAGCACCUGGAGGACGCAUGUUGAUCCCGGUUGGUGCACCACAUUGUGACCAACGCUUUCUUCAAGUUGACAAGGAUGAUUCGGGUAAAGUUAGUGUGGUUGAUCUCAUGGGUGUUAUUUACGUACCACUAACUAAUAAAGAAAAUCAAGUCGGACGGAAUUAA